CCGAGGCCGCCCCUGCGCCCUGCUCUCUCCGCGUUUCUGGGGGUUCCCCUGUUACCCCUGCUGCCCGGGCGGAAGCACCAGUCCCAGCUUCUUGGAAGGCGAGAAGGGAGAAGCCAGAUCUAGCUAAGGCAUCCAGACCUCUUUUGAGCGAAGAUGAAUGUUUCUGCCAGGAUUAUGUAACUGGAGGAUCCAGGUCUGAGCAGACAACCAUGGGAGCCAAUACUUCAAGCAAACCCCCAGUUUUUGAUGAAAAUGAGGAUGUCAACUUUGACCACUUUGAAAUUCUGCGAGCCAUUGGGAAAGGCAGUUUUGGGAAGGUCUGCAUCGUUCAGAAGAACGAUACCAAGAAGAUGUAUGCAAUGAAAUACAUGAACAAACAGAAGUGUGUCGAGCGCAAUGAAGUGAGAAAUGUCUUCAAGGAACUGCAGAUCAUGCAGGGUCUGGAGCACCCUUUCCUGGUUAAUUUGUGGUACUCCUUCCAAGAUGAGGAAGACAUGUUCAUGGUGGUGGACCUCCUGCUGGGCGGGGACCUACGGUAUCACCUACAGCAGAACGUCCGUUUCCAGGAAGACACCGUGAAGCUCUUCAUCUGUGAGCUGGCCAUGGCCCUGGACUACCUGCAGAGCCAGCGCAUCAUUCACAGGGAUAUGAAGCCUGACAAUAUUUUGCUUGAUGAACAUGGGCACGUGCACAUCACGGACUUCAACAUCGCCGCCAUGCUGCCCAGGGAGACGCAGAUCACCACCAUGGCCGGCACCAAGCCUUACAUGGCACCCGAGAUGUUCAGCUCGAGGAGAGAAGCCGGCUAUUCCUUUGCUGUGGACUGGUGGUCCCUGGGAGUGACAGCCUACGAGCUUCUGAGAGGCCGGAGACCGUAUCAUAUUCGCUCCAGUACUUCCAGCAAGGAAAUUGCACACAUGUUUGAGACGGCUAUUGUGCCUUACCCUUCUGCCUGGUCACAGGAAAUGGUGUCACUUCUUAGAAAGCUACUUGAACCUAAUCCAGACCACCGGUUUUCUCACUUGUCUGACCUUCAGAACUUCCCAUAUAUGAGUGAUGUGAACUGGGAUGCGGUUUUACAGAAGAGGCUCAUUCCAGGUUUCAUUCCUAACAAAGGCAGGCUGAAUUGCGACCCCACCUUUGAACUUGAAGAAAUGAUUUUGGAGUCCAAACCUCUUCAUAAGAAAAAGAAGCGUCUGGCAAAGAAGGAGAAGGAGAUGAGGAAAUGUGAUUCCUCUCAGAUGUGCCUUCUGCAAGAGCACCUUGAAUCUGUGCAAAAGGAAUUCAUCAUUUUCAACAGGGAAAAAGUAAAAAGGGACUUUAAUAAAAGGCAAGCAAAUCUAGCCUUCGAACAGACCAAAGACCCACAAGAAGAGAACAGCCAGAAUAACAACCUGUAAGUCGUCAACAUCUUCUUGGGACAUUUCCUGCCACUCGGGCCAGCAAGUUCUGACUUCCACAGCAGGAUGAGCCGACGUAGUUCCCUCCGCACACCUCACACACCUUAGAAAACGUGAAUGCCUACUUUUGAGGGAGGCAGCACGAGACAAUGAAGCGCUCCCUGGGCUCCUGGGAACUUGUUACACCACUAACAAACCAUGUGACCAUGAGCAAGUCACUUAACCACUUCCUCUGCUUCAGUUUAUUCUUCUAAAAUGAGAGGGCUCUACUAGAUGAGCUCUCCUCUGCCUUUUUAUUGAAACCACUGUUGUCCUACACAGCUUUUAUUCUUAUUUCUAAAGGACUAUUUGGAUGUAGAUUUAUUUUUCCACUCCUAGUUACACUGUGACAGAUGGACAAAUGAACAUAGGUGGGUGAUUGAGUCAGGUGUUUGGGGGCUGACUGAGUGAGGCUCUUCAGAGCUAGGAAACUUCAGAAGGAGGUCGCAAUCCCCCAGCCUGAUUGAAUAGGAAUAAGGAAUCCAAUCAGGAAGAAAUGAGUGGGACUGGAUUAAAGUGAAACAGACUUACCUGGGCCUCCCAGUGCUAUGCCAAAGU